CUGCAAUUUUUUUACAGUUUUACGACAAUCUAUCAGCUGAUAAUGGUAUUGUAAAUGAGUCUUUUCACAUGUUUGGAAAAUUUCCAAAAUGCUAUGAAGAUUCCCCAAUAACUCUAAAAUGAGUUCAUUUGAGGCCAAUUUAAGGUGUUCUUCAAAUUCUUGGUACAUAUUUCCUCAAAGUGAACAGUGGAAUGGCUUUGAGAACAGCAAAACAUUUGGUAGAAAAACUUUUUACAAAACAUUUGUUGGCAACAAAUAUUUUCACAAGUGCAGGACUUUUAGCCAUCGGAGAUUAUGGUGUCCAGAAGCUUGAAAAGUUCAGAAUACCAAAGGAGAAAAGACCACCACAUGAUUGGAAAAGGACAGGCAGAAUGUUUAUUGUUGGUGCCAUACAAGGACCAAUAUCUCACUAUUUCUAUCUCAUCAUGGACAAGAAGCUAGGACUUGGUAGAUCAAGGGGAACAAUUAUUAAGAAAAUUCUGACUGAUCAAAUAAUAGGAUCGCCAUUAUUUGCAUUUAUAUUUUUUGAAGCUUCUGGUAUUCUAGAGGGCCAGUCACCCAAAAGCAGCUUUGAAGAGUUUGCCAGAAAGUUUCCUACAGUUUACAUGGUUGAUUGGUGUGUUUGGCCUGCUGCUCAAUGUAUCAACUUUUAUUUCUUGCCAACCAAAUUACGUGUUGUUUACGUAGCCGCAAUCACAUUGCUAUGGACCAGUUUUCUUUCCUGGUUUAAACACAGGGAUGCAAGACUUCAGGAAGGACUUCGCGAGCAAUCUGUAUAUUACAAAGAAAUCUCACAGACAGAAGAGAAUAAAACUUCAAGAUCAGUACAAUUAGGAAAUGUUAAUACUUCUGUAGACUAAUAUACCUCCAAUGAAGAAUUAUGUACUAGUGGUUAAUAGAGAGUUGCACUAGUGGUUAGGACAGAAGUUUACUGAUGGCUAGUGCAGAAAAGCACAAUGCCAUUAAGAUCACAGUUUAUAAUAUUAUAAACUAUAAUUAACUCUGAGAUCUUGGUGGUGGAUCCAUCGAUGGAUCUUUUAUAACAUGCAGUAUCAGUUUCUGAAAAUAAGUACAGUUUACAUAACCAAGCUCAGGUUGCAUAAAUUCUCCAUCGAGUUUAAAUUGACAUGAAUCUCUAGAAAGACAGUAAAAAGUAGCUUAUAUUUAUGAUAUUUAGGUCUUAACAACAAUUCCUCAUAUUUAUGUAUACAUGUACAUGAAGUGCAACAGUAUGAGGUGUUAAUUUUACUCAAGUUUAUUUUAGCUUGUGUGAAUUCAAGUUAAAAUCUCAGUUUAACGUGCAGAUCAAUUGGACAAAUUAAUUGGAUGUAUUUUAAUAUCGUUCAUGUUACCGAUGUGUUCUGUUGGUUACUAUGUUACCACCACGAUUGACAUAUUGUUAUAGCCUCCAACUUU